AGCAGAAAAGUUUUUGACACGUCAGGUUUACGGCUGGUAUUUCUAGCAUUUCUUGGAAAAGUCAUUUCAAAUCAAUUGUUUGCAAGAAGCUUAAAUUUUUAACCACGAGAAGCGAUUGCUUAAAAGCAUCAUGGGCCUUAAGACAAGAUUGUUUCUCAUUUUGGUCACUACAACAGUGUUGUAUCAGCUUUCCGAAUCCCUACCAGUGACUAAAAAUAAAAAAGAGGAAAAGUUAGAAAAAGGCAGCGUGCCCGCUACCCCAGAUGUUGAAACAGCUUUGGAAUAUGAGCGGUAUUUAAAAGAGGUUGUGGAUGCGCUCGAAAGCGAUGUCGAGUUCCGAAAGAAAUUGGACAAAGCGCCUGAAGCUGACAUACGUAGUGGCAAAAUCGCACAAGAACUAGAGUAUGUGAAUCAUCAUGUACGUUCCAAGUUAGAUGAAAUAAAGCGUGAAGAAGUUGAACGUUUGCGCAAGUUGGUGAAUAAAGAGUUCGAACUGGAGAAUGAUAUUGACCGUGAUCAUUUGAAAGUACUACAGCAUUUGGAUCAUCACAAUGAGCAUACAUUCGAAAUUGAGGAUCUUAGGAAGUUGAUCAAAAAAACCUCCGAAGAUUUAGCUGAAGCUGAUCGGAAACGUCGUGAGGAAUUCAAAGAGUAUGAAAUGCAAAAAGAAUUCGAAAAGGAAAAUAAAUUAAAGGAAAUGACAGAGGAGGAGAGAAAAAAGUUUGAACAGGAGGAAAAGGAAAAAGAAGAAAAACACCAGAAACACGAAAAGGUUCAUCAUCCUGGCAAUAAGGCACAACUAGAAGACGUGUGGGAAAAACAAGAUCAAAUGGAUAAGAAAGACUUUGAUCCACAUACAUUUUUCAUGAUGCAUGAUGUGGACGGCAAUGGCUACUGGGAUGAAGUGGAAGUGAAGGCACUCUUCAUCAAGGAACUAGACAAAGUGUAUCAAUCAGGUCUGCCUGAGGACGAUAUGCGUGAGCGCGCUGAAGAAAUGGAACGCAUGCGUGAACAUGUCUUUGAAGAAACAGACACCAACCGCGAUGGUCUAAUAAGUUUCCAAGAAUUCUUGGAACAAACUAAACGUGAUGAGUGGAAUAAAGAUCCUGAGUGGGAGACAGUUGACGAAAAACCACAGUAUACGCAUGACGAGUACCUGGAGUUUGAAAGACGUCGCCAAGAAGAAAUUCAACGAAUGAUAGCACAAGGAUUGUUGCCACCACAUCCUAACAUGCCACAAGGUUAUUAUCCCAACGGGCAACACGAUACAUAUCAAGUGAAUGGCCAACACCAAGUACCAGUAGGCCAGCAGCAAAUGCACUACCAGCAACCGCAACAGCAACACAUACAACAGCAACAACAAUACGCGCAGCAACAGCAACAAUACGUACAACAUCAACAACAAUUCCAGGGGCAGCCAAUUCAACUUCGCCCUGACCAAGUGUACCAAACGGUGGGUGGUCAACAAGUGCCGCAACAACAAUAUCAGCAGGUACCGCAGCAGCAGCAGCAACAGCAACAAUAUCAACAGAUGCCACAACAGCAGCAACAGCAACAAUACCAGCAAGUACCACAGCAGCAACCGUAUCAGCAAGUGCCACAGCAGCAACCCGUACAGAUUCAGCAACAGCCCGUACAGAUUCAGCAACAGCCCGUACAGGUUCAGCAACAACCCGCACAGGUUCAGCAACAACCGCAAAUACAACAGCAACCCGUAAAGCUUCAGCAACAACCACAAACGCAACAGCAACAGCCGCCAGUACAGCAGGCACAACAACAGCCCCAGCAGGCGCAACAACAACAGCCCCAACAAGUACAGCAACCGCAGCAAAUACAACAACCAGCAGCUGCGUUACCCCAAGCUUCUGCAAAUUCUCAACAGCAAAACAUUCCACCGAAGCAUUAAAUCGACACGUUUCAUAAAUACGAGUACACUUACGCAACAUACUAACUUUGCUCAGCUGCAGUUAUUUACUAAUAGCAAUCUUAUGCGAUCAACAAAACAUGACAUUAUUUCGUUUUAACGCUAUACUCACAUAAAUUCAAAAACGUGUUACUUUACUAACACAUGCUGCAUUAGCUGUGUCAAUACUGAACUUCCGCACUGCUGCGAAUAUACAAUUCCAUUUUUUUUUUUAAUUGUAAUUUAUAACGCUUACGUACAUACUUACGUACAAGUCGAUAUGGCAUUUCAUUUUUCUGUUUAACCCGAAUUUUUCACAACUGAAAACAAAAUAAACACCACACAAACCGAACAUUUAUAUGCAUUCAAAUUUAUAAAUUGUUAUGAACUUUUUGUGUAAAUAAUAGUAACAAUAAACUUCCGUAUAUGCAAAA